CGCUGCAGUCGUUUCUGGUUGGCUGGCAGGCGUUUCCCAAAGGCAUUAAGCUAACUUUACCAGCUACUGCUAGGUAACCAGCAAACUGACUCUAUGGGUUAUAGCAACAAUUUAUUUUAAAAGGAGCUACACCUACUCUUACGUAAAAAGUUCCAUUGUUCAUUUCCGGUUAAUUCCUCUGCUGGAAAAUAAGUAUUCCCCCCACACCGAGUAGAGUAACAUGCUGGAGUUACAGACUGCGCUAACAAAGCACCACAAAUACAAUGUGCGCGUGGUUCCGCGUGCGGCCUGCCCAGCCCACACAGGUGUAGGUGAUGUAUAUCUUUAAUUGGUUCAGUCACCACGCGCGUGGAUAAGCAUGAUGACCGUCUGAGGAGCAUAUUUCACACGGGAACUAAUAAACAUCACUAAAGUAUGAGCAGACGACCAUCUAAUGGGUGCAAGGAUGAUCUUAAAGAUGAGCCUACAAGAGGGAAACGUUACCCCUCUUCUAAAAAGGAAAGGGGGCUCCAGGCUUCUCUUCAUUCUUGCAAGGAACAGAAACGGAGGCUUCAAAUCAGAACAUCUUGUCAACGCCUGUGUGACCUUCUGCCCUUCGUCAAUGGUCAGUUAGACACAGCAACCACACUAGAGCUCACAGCGAGGUACAUUAGCUACCUGAAGGAGACUCUGCCGCCAGGCAUUCUGUCUAAAGUUAAUGAAGCAGUUGAGGCCAAUGUGAGUGGUUCAUGGAAAAACAAAGAAAAGCCACAGGAGAAACGAAGAACAGUCAGGCUAAAGAAGAAUUCUUUGCAGAGAGCAAAGCCAGCUGCUAAGAAGUCCACUGAGGAUCAUGUUUCAAGAAGAUACACUCAGCAAAAGAUCUGUAAACAAGUAGAUCAUCCAUCUAGCACUAUAACCAAUCCUCUGACAAUGGAUCAAAUGCUUUCUCCAGCUGACGGCCUUACCACAGCACAUGCCCUGCCGAUACUGUUGGACAAAUCGGCUGUUCCCCGAGGACAAAUGCUGCCAGUGUGCCGGGAUCAAUUUCUCUCUGCCUCUUUUGAGCCAGUGGAAAAUGACUGGAUGAACCCGACCUCUGCAUUUAUGAACCCCACUCCAUGUGCUUUCACAUCAGCAAUGAUGAGCCACACUUUUUUACCACAGACAGGACUGCAGCCCUCUUCAAGCCCUAUGUUUUGGGAUGCCACUCCUGACCUGGUGGAUCCUGUUGCUCUCUCAUCAGUGAAUUUUGGCCAAGCCUACAGCCCACCUGAACAGACUACGAUAACAAACUUCAUCGUACCCUCAGUAGAACAAGGCCAGUUCAGUCCAUCUCUGGCUGGCCCAACUGACAGUGUUUCAGCAGGAGAUUUUACAAACCAACCACUCAUCCCAUUUUCUGUGUUUCAAAGUGCAACUUCAAGUUCUGAUAACUUGAUACCUGAGGCUGGAUAUCUGCCAGUGUCGGACACUCUGUGUGAUUCAGGGCUCCUUCAGGAAAAUAAUCUUUGUAGUAGUAGCUCUUUGACAGACAGUCCACACGGUGUGGACAAUCCAUCAUGGCUGGAUUUGCUGUUGGAUACCAAUGGUAACCUGUGUUUCCCUGAUGCUCAUCUUGUGAACAUUGUUCUUUCACCUUACACAGGGUCCAACUAACUAUAUGGUUAGAGACAUCGCAGAUGAUAGCAGUUUUGAUUGGCCAAAUAUUAGAGAAAUGGAUGCAGAUAAUGGUCUUUUGUUGUUUUAUUUAUACAUGUCUCUAUACUGCGGGUCAUCACAAUGGCCAAAAAAUUAGUUAUUUCACAGUGACAAACUUCAUGAGGUCUGUGUGUAACAUAGUACACACACCCCAAUAAAUGCAUUUUUGAGUAAAAGUGCAGGCAGUUUUUCCAUGUUUUUUGUUUAAUACCUAAAGAUGGCAUUUCAGAUCAUUUAAACUGCAUCUUUUUUCAACACAACAUUGUAAGAAUUGUACACCACUUCAAUUUCUGAGGUUAAUAAAGCAGAUCAGUCAUAUUUUCUUGUAUUUUCCAUGUGACUUUUAGAAAAUAGCCAAUCUAUGUAAGUGGAUUAUUUGUGUUACAUAACUGGGAAGCCAUUGGAGGACUGUUGUCUUGCAGUUAAAAAAAAAUAAAAAAAUAAAUGGAAUAAUUUAGAAAAACAUUUGAUUUUAUGAAUUCUACCUCAAAUACUUUGUAUUCUGAAUUCCUGAAAUUUUAGUCAAGAGUAUUUAACACUGGGUUCUAUUUCACACUUGGCCCCAAGCAAUUACACCAACCCUGGAUGGACAAGAAAUGUAAGGAAUAGACUUUCCUUUUUUUAUUCCUUUUAUCAGAAAUAUUUCCAGACUAAAUCGUCAGUAUGAUGCUGUAAAAAAUACUCAAUACAUUAACAUGUUGUAAAACAUGCAGCCACUAGAUGGAAGUAUUAAGCUGACAGAUUCAACAUAGCUUCUACAAGAUUAAUAGUGGAUAGAUAGACAGAAAUCCCCAGAUCUUAUAAGUUUAAGUAUAAAAAUGCAGAAUUUCUUGCUUCUU